AACUGAAGUCAUUGAGAGAGAUUAUUUUCCAGUACGGGAAAGUUGUAAAUAGUUUUCAAUAAAAUUUCGAGUCAUCGCUAAUAUCAAAUGCGUAUCAUAAAUAAAAAGUGAUUACACGUUUAAUAAGUGAGUGCCGAAAGUGAUGGAAAACCAUUAAGUGUGUGCCUUAUAAAACAAAAAGCUAUCUUCACAUACUUUACCCCAACGCCAUUUUGAGGCGAAAUUUUGUAUUGUAAGUGCCAAGUAUUUCGCAAUAUUCUCUUUUCUAACCCUCGUUAAGGGUAUUAUCGGCUGAUAUUUUUAUGAAUGAAUGUGAAAGGAGUUCGUGGCAGUAUCUGCCCUUUUCGAAGUGCAUCAGUAUUGGGUUGAGAUCGUGGAUGCUCUGAGAUAGCGGGUGCGGAGGAUGGCCCGAGGCAGUAGAAUUGUUCUAAUUAACUGACGGACACCGCCGGCUCUCAGCUGGCACAAAUAAAAAUGCCACGUCCGGGCAGUCUGAAGGACCCUGACAUAGCAGAAUUGUUCAGCAAACAUGACCCCGAGAAGAUCUUUGAAGAUUUACGUGAAAUUGGCCAUGGAUCCUUUGGUGCGGUGUACUAUGCCCGGUGUAAUCUCACCAAAGAGAUUGUUGCAAUUAAAAAGAUGUCCUACCUUGGAAAGCAAAGUGAAGAAAAAUGGCAGGAUAUCCUAAAAGAAAUCAAAUUUUUAAAACAGUUGGAACAUCCUAACACCAUAGAAUAUAAGGGAUGCUACAAAAGAGAGCAUACAGCAUGGCUUGUUAUGGAGUACUGCGUUGGCUCAGCCUCGGAUAUUAUUGAGGUCCAUAAACGGCCAUUACGCGAGGAAGAAAUAGCAGCUAUUUGCGAGGGUGUCGUGUGCGGAUUGUCGUAUUUGCACAGUCUGGGUCGCAUUCAUCGUGACAUCAAAGCGGGUAACAUUCUACUCACCGAGAAUGGCACGGUGAAACUGGCGGACUUCGGUAGUGCGAGUAUAAAGUGUCCGGCGAACAGCUUCGUGGGUACGCCGUACUGGAUGGCGCCUGAGGUGAUUCUCGCGAUGGAUGAAGGCCAGUACGAUGGAAAGGUGGAUGUUUGGUCACUCGGUAUAACGUGCAUCGAACUGGCGGAGAGGAAACCUCCCUAUUUCAACAUGAAUGCUAUGUCUGCUCUCUAUCACAUCGCGCAAAACGAUUCACCUACAUUACAGGCGCCAGAAUGGACGGAUACAUUUCGAUAUUUCGUGGAGGCAUGUAUGCAGAAGAAUCCCCAAGACCGGCCGUCGUCGACCAAGCUGCUGUCUCACCCGUACAUCACGCGGCCGCGCUCGCCCAACGUGCUCGUGGACCUCAUACAGCGCACCAAGGCGGCCGUGAGAGACUUGGAUAAUCUCAACUACAGGAAAAUGAAGAAGAUUCUCAUGGUUGACGCUGACAAUGAGAGUGCUAUUGGUGACAGUGAAGAGACGGCAGAGGAGCGUUCCGGCGGCGACAGCUCCAAGUCCAACUCGGCCACGUCGGAGCACAGCGCGGCGGGCGCGUCCAGCCAGAGCUCGUCGUCAGGCAGUUUGCGGAGGCGGCCGCAUCCCUUGAAUGCAAACCACCAAAAUCAGCAACAGCCGCAAUACCAGCAAUACAACCACCAACCAGCUCACUCCGCCAGAGAGAGCGAGAGUCCCGUCCCGGGCUCGCACGACGACUACGUCAAUAGGGAAGUGCUUCGGGAUUACGCUAACAGGGAUUCCUUGUGCGAUGACUAUGGGGACGAUUACGCGAACAGGGAGGCCAUCAGAGAGGCCCAGAGGGAAAGAGAGAGGGAGAAACAGGCCAAUGAGUAUAGGGAAUAUGUGAACGCACCUUCGACCUGGCAACAAGAUAGCGGCGACGAUAACAGGAAUACUCAGCGACGGCAGUCGCAUAGAGGUGUCAGCAAUAACGUUUCGGCUGCGAUAUCUCUGGUAUCAGAGCAUGGUGCGAAUAACUUUGCCACGAUACGAACAACCAGUAUUGUAACCAAACAACAGAAAGAACACAAUCAGGAGAUGCACGAGCAGAUGUCAGGCUACAAGCGCAUGCGACGCGAACACCAAGCAGCGCUGCUGAAGCUGGAAGAGCGCUGCAAGGCCGACGUGGAGGCGCACAAGGCGCAGCUCGACCGCGAGUACGACUCGUUGCUGCAGCAGCUCUGCAGGGAGUUGGAGCGCCUGCAGACGAAACAUGCUCAAGAACUUGAGCGAAAAUCGAAGCAAAAUACAGCUGCAGAAAAGAAACUCAUUAAGGAUAUCACAGCACGUCAAGAACAAGAGCGGAAAGCCUUCGAAACGCAACGCAAGCGCGAGUACAAGGCUAACAAGGAGAGAUGGAAAAAGGAACUCAGUAUGGAUGACGCCACGCCUAAGAGGCAGAGGGAUGCUACGUUACAGUCCCAGAAGGAUAACCUGAAGCAGGCGGAGGCGGCAGAGGAGGCGCGACUGGUGCGGUCGCAGCGCGAGUACCUCGAGCUCGAACUGCGUCGCUUCCGGCGUCGCCGCAUGCUGGCGCUGCACCACAAGGAGCAGGAGCUGCUCAGAGAGGAACUAAACAAGCGACAAACGCAACUUGAGCAGGCACAUGCGAUGUUGUUACGUCAUCAUGAAAAGACACAAGAGUUAGAGUACAGGCAGCAGAAGGGCGUGCAUGCACUAAGAGAGGAACAACUGGCGAACCAGCAUGCGACGGAGUUGGCCAAUCAACGCGACUACAUGCAGCGCGCGGAACACGAGCUGCGUAAGAAACAUGCACUUCAGUUGAAACAGCAACCUAAGAGUUUGAAGCAAAAAGAGAUGCAGAUACGCAAGCAGUUCCGUGAGACAUGCAAGAUUCAGACUCGCCAGUACAAAGCGCUCAAAGCGCAGAUAUUGCAGAUGACGCCUAAGGAGCAACAAAAAGAAGUAAUCAAAUCGCUUAAAGAUGAAAAACGUCGCAAGCUUGUGCUUCUUGGAGAACAGUAUGAUCAGAGCAUCAGUGAGAUGCUGCAGAAACAGACUGUACGCCUCGAUGAAAGCCAGAUGAUGGAGUGCCAGCAGCUCAAAAUGCAGCUCGGGCAUGAGCUGGAUAUGUUGACAGCAUAUCAGAGCAAGAGCAAGAUGCAGGCGGAGGCGCAGCGCAACCGCGAGCGGCGCGAGCUGGAGGAGCGCGUCGCCGUGCGCCGCGCGCUGCUCGAGCAGAAGAUGGAGUCUGAGUGCGCGCAGUUCGUAGCGGAGCGUGCCGAGCGUACUCGCAUGUUGCACGAGCGCCAUGAGCGUGAGCUCGAACAUUUCGACAACGAAAGCGCGCGUCUCGGUUUCAGCGCAAUGGCGAUUGCGGAAGGCAGCCGGGAGGGUUACGGUGAAGAGGAACAGUCAUUGUCCGGCUCCAUGCUGUCACUCGCGCACAGCAACUCCUCCGCGAGCUUCCCCGCCGGAUCGCUGUAACACACAUAUACACACAGACAUACCGCUCAACAUACGAUCGCACCCCGAUCUCCUCUCAUACCCACCACAUACGCUUACACAUUUUCCAGUUAGCGCUGUCGCUAGUAGUGGCUGUAGGUUUUGACACUUGUCAAAGAAAGUAUUAUAAAAUAAAUAUAUAGCUUUAUUCGUAGAUUUUCCGCAAUCCCUUUAGGAAUCUGCGUAUAGUAUUAUUGUGGAUCACCUUAUCAGUGGUUAUAAAAUGCAUAAUUUGUUUUAUACUAUUUUUAUGACGUACAAACAGUACUCCUAUAAAAAGGUAAGGUAUAAAAAUAAUAAGCAAAAACGAAUUGUAUUUUUUUUACAUUGGCGAUCUUACAAAUUAGAUGAGGUUUUAAUAUGUAAUAGUUUAAAUGCUUUCAUAAAUUUUAAAAUAUAAUAUAUAUUCUAGCUGAGGGUGUUUUGAUAAAACAUGUGUAAACAAGAAGUCGAUCUGUACCAUAUUUUGUAAAUACAAUAUACGUGUAGAUACAAGUGUUGACAUCUUCAUUAUUUUAUCGCUCAAAUAAAUUUAUUUACAAAGGCACAAUAUUAAUAACUGAAUCUGCGACUUGUAUUUAAUUUUCAAGGUUUUAAUAAAAGGAACAUAAAAAGUAACCAAAUGAGAUUCAGAUAUUUUAACGGACAUUAAAAAAUCUUACUAAGGAAAGGUCAAAGUAUAUUUUAAAACACUUAGCGACAGCGCAUCAUUCAUAUUAUACAUUUUUUUUUAUAACUGAGACUGUCCUGCCCUCCCGUUUGUCAGCUUUCCCAUUUCAUUCGACGGAAUAUAGCGACGCGCAAUAUAAAAUAUUAUUUAUUUGUAAAGUAAUUACUAAUUCAUCAUUCGAAUUUAUUCUUACAAUAACUAUCACAAAUUGAAGAAAAAAAAAAGAAGGACGAUAUUUUCACAUAAUUGUGAAUUACAUAGUUAAGUAGAGCAUAGUAACAGAAAUAUGUUGCUUAUUUUUUUUUUUGUUAUUUUUAAGUUAAGUCUUCCAAAAAAUACGACAGUAUUUAAAUUAGCCAAUAUAUAGGGUCCGGGAGGGCGUUUCCUAUACUAUUAAAAUAUUAAGUUUAUAGCACUCCAAAUUAAUUAAUUCUCUAAAUGAAAGCAUUUGUAUGUUUCUAACACUAGAUUAUUUUAAAUUUAAUAUUAUAGCUAAAAUAAACUAUUCAUCUAAUUCGUCACUUCCUCCUAUAUAUAUAUAUAUUGGCCAACAAUAUUUGAUAUAUUUAAGCUACACUGCAUUUAACUGCACUGUGUCGAAAUACAAUAUAAAAGAUAACUUAUUGCCGUUCAAGACCACUUAGUAUUAGAAACAUAUUUGUGCAGGAAUAAAUGAUAAUUGUAUGUUAAUAAAAGUUUAUUCGCUAUGUGUACCGAGAGCGUGUUAAUUGAUAACAGUGACGUAAGAAUGAAUGAGCCGCUUAUUAGAAGUUCUACUCAGAAUUAUACUUGGCUCUGUUGGUUUAAUUGACAUAAAAUGGUUAUGUAUGAAAGUGAUUCCAUACAUUCCAUAAACUCCCUGUUUACUUGAUGGAUAAUAUGAUCGUUAAUAGAGUUGUCUUUGAAAAGCAAAACAUUUCGUGGAAAAUGUUUUGAAAAAAUAAUGUUCGCUUGUGUAAAUCAAUAUUGAUAGCACCAUAUAUUAAUGGUUAUGCAUGCAAUAUAAAAAUAAAUAAAUUCAUAACGAUUUGGCCGUCCAUCCACGUGUGUACCAUUCAAUAAAACAACAGAGCGAAGCCCAAGUAGGAGUCAUGAUAAAAACUAUAAAUCUAGUACUCUUGAUCUAUUCUUGUAUAAUAUUUAGUCUAUCAUAAGUUUCUAGGGUUCUAGCCAAUUUUUCAUCUUGAGCCCUUUCAAAUAAUUCAAGAUUGAAAAAUUCCAUAAUAGUAUACCGUGAGAAAACGUCAAAUGAUAUUCUAAGGUAAACUUUGUAGUGUAACCGGGAAAUGUUCAUCCUCAAAGUAUACGCUUAAGGUGUUUGACAAAAGGCAUUAUUAGGCGAAUGUAGUCGCCGACGCCGGCCCCGCGCGCCUCACACGCUUGUAACUAUUCGACAGAGGUAUAUUAUUAUUUAUAAUAUUAGAUAGUCAAAAUUCUUAUAUUCAUAUCAUUAGUUUUAAUUUAGGCGCCAUUUUUAUACAUAAUAUUUUAGUAUGUUAAACUUAUUUUAUAAAACGACUAAAAGUGUUUGAGUUGGCCUAGAAUUUAUUUCCUCUGUUAGAUAUAUUGGAAUUUAAACCAAUGUUAAGUGAAUUAUGCUUGCGUUAGAUGAUUUUUAGACUUUAAAUAUCUAUGAGACACGCUUUAUUAUAUGAAAAAUGCAGGUGCUGUGUAUUGAAUGUUGUAUAACUGACUGCUAAUUAUGUUUUGUAAAUAUUAUAAUAAUAUAUAUGUAUAUGUAACAUAACAAACACACAAUUUGCCUUACCGGUGGCGGGACGCGCGCGGCUCGGCGUUUUGUAUAUAAAGAACAAUAAUAUAUAAUUAACUAUUACAUAGUUUGUUACUUUUGUAAGGAGCGAGUGCGGUAUUGUGUACAUUGAAGUGCGACGCGUGGCGCCCCCGCGCGGGGAACUACAAAGUGCUAUUUUUUUUUAAUUAGUAUUCUAAUACAUUGUUGUAUUGUCAACUAAGCUUACCAGUCAUGUAUGUAUAGACGAAUACAUAUUAUUAUUUAAUUUAACGCCGAUUUUAGUCAUAAUUAUCCAAAUUUAGUUAAUUAUUAUUUUUAUUGUAUUCUCUAUCUAUUCCUAUAUCACAUUGCUUGUAAGCAUCACACUAUGUGAUCGUUUUGUAUUAUUUGAGUCUGUUAGUGGUUUAUUAUUUAGAUAUUUCAAGAUUCGAGACUUUAGACAAAAAUAGAUGUAUAAAUAUAUAAAAACAUAUUUGAAGUAAUUUUACUGUUUUUGACAAUAACGUCGAUACACAAUGGUACUAAAUUAUUUUGGGAAAAAUUUGACUAGUAUUUUACAUUCAUUUUCAUUUUUAAAUAUAGUUGUAGUAGGGAAUUAUGUUUGGCAUUGUGUACCGAUGUGUACAAUCGUAUCCUCAACACUUUCCUCCUCCCGAACUGACCAAAUUAAUGACAAUAAUUUGUAGACAGCCUAACAAGACUCGCCAUCUUGUCUCCGUACUGUAUGUAUGUUAAAACGGACCACUUAAGAGAGUGCAGCGGUGGUCGUAUAUACUUUAAAAUUAUAUUCUGCUGAAUUUAUUACGCGUGUAGCAUAAAGCAUUAUAAUUUGUCAUUUUAUAUUUUGAAAUUGAAAUUUAAACUCAUGAUAAUAUUGUAACAUGGCAACGAAAUUUAACAGACCGAUAUAUUUGUCAACUUUAUUAGUUGUGUAAGUCCAGUGAUAUUUUUAUAUUUAAGAUAUUUUUUUGUAAAAAUGUCGGUGUUGUUUGUGAUGAUAAAUAACCACCGUUGUACACUUAUAAGGUCGUAGCAAUACCUGGAAACGAAGCACUAAGGAAUUGAAAUGUAAGCUGUAACUAAGCUUGAGUGCAGUAGUUGGUUGGUACUUAAUGUUAGGCGCGUAGCUUUUCGCUGUUGUAGUGCCUCUACCUAAGCCGUGCAAAAGUAAUUUAUUAGACUAAAAUUCAAGACACAACUAUUAAAAUACUUAUAUUAAAUAAGAUGUUCACAUACCGUACAAAUAGCUGCAUCGGCAAGAGGUACAAGUGUAGAGCGUAGGUGCAUCGGUUUCCCUCUUCCAACCUCCCACCACAUGCUAGUUAGACUAAGAGUGUUAUCACUUAUCACCCAUAAUGUCGAGAGUGACAUAUUAUUAAUACUAUAGAAGUACCAAACUCGUAGUUAGCGAUCACGUAUUAUGUAAAUUGUAACUAUUUUUUUUAUAUUUUACCAUUGUAUAGUCAUUAUCACCGACAGGUAGCAAUAUCUCGUGCGAGGUGCGACAAGGUGCGGAUGUCCGCGAUCUCGCGGUGCAUUCGAUGCGCUGUUGUUGUUUUCUUUAUUUUUUUGUUAUAUAUUUAAAUAACACAAUCGA